GCUACGCUAUACAAUUAGCCAGUCCAAAGGCUGCUGCAGAUCUGACAAGUUACAGUGGCGAAUACUACAAAUUAGAAGAUUUUAAAGUAAUUACUCAAGAAAAAUUUGGAUUUUAUGCUGAGGUUUCUAAUUUUACGAAUUAUAUUUUACCAUCAGUAUGUGAAAAACGUGGUCCUAAUGAUGAAAUCACAGCUUUCUCAACUGGUUGCAUGGUGCAAGGACUAAUUAUAUGGCCUGAAACAUGGUGCUUAGCGAUACUUAACCAUUUAAACUUCUCACAAAAUGUCGAU